AUGUCUGACUACGGCGAUGAUGAUUACGGGUAUGACGACUACGACGACUACAACCUAAUGACUAUGAUGACUACGACGGCUCUGAUGAUAACGAUGGAGGCAGAGGAAUGGCCGGGUUUUGCCGUCUUUGAGGAGGUGGAAGAUGGCCACGUGGAGCACACCGGCUAUGCCGAGUUAGUAUCUGAGUUAGAGUACACUCACUCGGAUGAUGGCUACCCAAGCGACCACGACGGAGUGGAAGUUCCUUCCUAUGGAGUCCUCUCCGGCGUUCCCACGUAUAUUCGUGGCCAUGACGACCAUUUUGUAUCACGGUCUCAAUCUGUGGGCAACCCAUAUUCUGCAGACCGUGGGUUGAUGGUUGAACCCUAA